UGCAAGAGCUGAGUAUAUUUCUCUCUUUUUUUUGAAAAAAUAUUCAUCGAUCAUGAUAAGCUUUAAAAUAGAGAAACAAGUUGUAUUGAUAUACUUAUGGUUGUGGUGGAUUACUACUACUAAUAUUUGUGUUAAAGCUAUGAAAGAUAGUUUAAGGCCAGGUGAUACAUUGAAUUCCAAUUCCUCUCUAUGUUCUAAACAAGGCAAGUAUUGUCUUCAAUUCAGCAACACUAUGGCCAUUAUAACAUACCGUUGUUUGGUUAUAAGUACUGAUAACGACACAAGAGUGUGGAUGUACGAUAGAAAUCAACCCGUAGACGUAAAAUCAGCAGUUCUAUCACUAGACUACUCUGGUGUGCUCAAAAUAGAAUCUCAAAAUAGGAAAUUACCAAUAAUCAUUUACUCUUCACCUCAACCUACCAACAACACUAUGGCCACUAUUUUAGACACGGGUAACUUUGUGCUUCAACAACUUCACCCAAAUGGGACAAAGAGUAUAUUAUGGCAGAGUUUUGAUUAUCCCACAAAUGAUUUGAUCCCAACGAUGAAGUUGGGAGUUAAUCGAAAAACUGGACAUAAUUGGUCAUUGGUUUCAUGGAUGACUCCUAUUCUUAUAAAUUCAGGUGAGUUUAGUCUUGAAUGGGAACCAAAACAAGGUGAAUUGAACAUCAAGAAACGCAGCAUAGUGUAUUGGAAAAGUGGAAAACUUAAAAGCAAUGGAAUAUUCGAGAACAUUCCCGCGAAUGUUCAACAUAUGUAUCAGUACAUUAUUGUCUCUAACAAGACGGAAGAGUCUUUCUCUUUCGAAGUUAGAGAUGGAAAGUUAAUGCAAUGGUACCUAUCCCCGAAGGGGAGGUUAGUAGGUGAUGAUGGAUAUAUUGCUAAUACAGAUAUGUGUUAUGGAUAUAAUAAUGAUGGAGGGUGCCAAAAAUGGGAGGAUGUACCAACUUGCAGGGAACCUGGUGAGAUGUUUCAGGAAAAGGCGGGAAGACCAAGCACGGACAAUUCAACGUGGUGGUUUGAACGGGAUGUGACUUAUAGUUACAGUGAUUGCAAGAUGAGAUGUUGGAAAAAUUGUAGCUGCAAUGGAUUCCAAGUAUUGUAUGAUAAUUUGACUGGAUGUAUAUUCUAUUUAUGGAAUUCGACACAAGAUGUUCACAUGGUUCCGAAUACCUUUUACACCUUGGUAAAGCCAACAAAAUCAACUCCGAAUUCCCAUGUCAAUGCAGGUAGAAGGUGGAUAUGGAUAGGUGCUGCAAUCGCAUCUGCUUUACUCAUAUUAUGUCCACUCCUUUUAUGCUUAGUCAAAAAGAAACAAAAAUAUGCACUUAAAGAUAAGAAAACUAAAGAUUUGGCGGAUUCCAAUAAAUCAUAUGAUAUCAAAGAUCUUGAAGACGAUUUCAAGGGACAUGAUAUAAAAGUUUUUAACUUUACAUCAAUUUUGGAAGCAACUAUGGAGUUUUCCCCAGAAAACAAAUUAGGACAGGGAGGCUAUAGACCUGUUUACAAGGUGAUUUUAACCUAUUUAUUUGUGAUUACUUCAAAUCCAUUAUUUUAUUCAAAGUUUGAUAUUGUAACUACAAAAAGUGUAUUUUAUGCUAAGAACCAAAAGAAAAGUAUUUACAGAAAUGCAAGUAAAUUUUUUCCUUUUGUUUUACGAUGUCAUGGAAUCUUGGCAACAGGGCAAGAAGUUGUUGUAAAAAGACUCUCAAAAACAUCUGGACAAGGAAUUGUGGAAUUCAAAAAUGAAUUGGUAUUGAUAUGUGAGCUUCAGCACACAAACCUUGUACAACUACUUGGUUGUUGCAUUCAUGAAGAAGAAAGGAUUCUAAUUUACGAAUACAUGCGAAACAAAAGCUUCGAUUUCUAUCUAUUUUAUUGUACAAAAAAGAAGUUGCUAGAUUGGAAGAAGCGUUUGUACAUAAUAGAAGGAAUUGCUCAAGGAUUACUUUAUCUUCUUAAGUACUCAAGACUCAAAAUCAUUCAUAGAGACUUGAAGGCUAGCAACAUACUUCUUGAUGAGAAUAUGAAUGCAAAAAUUUCUGAUUUCGGUAUGGCAAGAAUGUUCGCCCAGCAAGAAUCAACCGUUAACACGAAUAGGAUUGUUGGGACAUAUGGAUACAUGUCUCCAGAAUAUGAUGAAGGAAUUUGUUCAACAAAGUCUGAUGUAUAUAGCUUUGGAGUGUUGCUUCUUGAAAUUAUUUGUGGAAGAAAAAACAAUAGCUUUUAUGAUGUUGAUCGCCCACUAAACCUAAUACGACAUGCAUGGGAGCUAUGGAACGAUGGUGAGUAUCUACAAUUAUUGGAUCCAUCAUUAAAUGACACUUUUGUUCCCGAAUAAGUGCAAAGGUGCAUUCAUGUUGGUCUCUUAUGUGUUGAGCAUUAUGCAAAUGAUCGUCCAACAAUGUCUGAUGUUAUAUCAGUGUUAACAAACAAAUAUGAACUCACAACCAUACCAAAAAGACCAGCAUUCUAUGUUAGAAAUGAGAUAUUUGACGGGGAAAGUACUUCAAAAGUGUCUGACACAUAUUCUAUGACAGGGAUUUCUACCUCAUGUGAAGUAGAAGUGAAAAUAUAAGUAAUCGAUAUAUAUUGGUAAAAAAUUUCAAGCUAGAGUGUAAGUAAAGAAAAGGCUUGGAUAUGGUUUUAGUUUAUGAAAUAUACUCAUUUUAUGUGUGUGUAAAAAUGUUCUCGAAAUGGUCCUUAUAGUUUAUUUUAGAUUUUUCAUUAUCCAUGAUAUAUCCCUGUUUCUGCCAUUGAAAAAGCAUACCACCAAUCACAAAAAAGGUAACUUCUUUUUAGUUUAAUUGCUAUCA